AUGUUGCUGAGGGCUCACAGUUGGUUUCUACUGCUCUGGGCUCGUAGCGUCUGGAAAGUAGUGGCCGUAUGGCAAGUUCCACUGGAGUAUGCACUCACCCCUUCACAGGACGGGCACUUCCUCCAAGACUCUGACGGGGAGCCAUUCUUCUGGCAAGCUGACACGGCAUGGCUCUUGUUCCAUCGACUGAAUUACAGCGAAUGCGAGACCUACCUAUCGGACCGGGCCCGUAAAGGGUUCAACAUGGUGCUCGCAGUCGGAUUCACGCAAAUAGGAAUCGAUAGUCCGAACCGUAAUGGCGAUCUUACCUUCGUCGAUGAGGAUGUGACGAGGCCUAAUGAGCCCUAUUGGGCGUACAUGGACUCCAUCAUUAAGCUCGCUUGGAGCAAGGGUAUUCGCAUUGCGUUGGUUCCCGCGUGGGGUUAUUACGUCCACUCAGACCAUCCAGAGAAUAUGGGCUCCGUCUUGAACAAGAGCACAGCCCGAAACUUCGGUACCUUUAUUGGCCAACGGUACCCUUAUCUGCCCAAGCUACUCUUCGCAGACACGAACCCCUGGUGGCUCAACAAGACCGCGGUGAAGGAUGACUAUGCAGCUGGUGGUGUACCUCCUCAGCACCAACACAUUGACUGGACCCCUAUCUACGAUGAGCUGGCCAAUGGUCUUGUCGUGGGAGAGCGAAAUGCUGUUGCCUCCCAGCACAAGCAACUUUCGAAAUCCAUUGAGCCGUCCAAAUGGUGGCCCCUCAUGACGAUCCAUCCCACCAAUCAAUGGUUCAGCGGUGGCCCGGUUGCUCUCGCAAGCGCUUUCGUGGGCGCUCGUCCAUGGCUCACCCUCGAUACGAGCCAGUCCGGACAUGUUGACUAUCCUCCUAAUCCUCCCCUUCCGUGGUGGAACUGCCGCCGUGGAUGGGAGACUGUGGAGUUGAUGUAUGCCGUUGGUGAGAACACCCUCGGAAGAAAACGUCCGGCAUUGGAUAACGAACCUCAUUACGAGAAUCGAUACAACAAUGGAAAAAGUGCCAAUGCAUACUGGAACGCAAGUGAUGUUCGUGCUGGCAGCUGGCAAGCGGUAUUUUCGGGUGCUACCGGAGCGACAUAUGGAGCCGACAACGUCAUGCAGAUGUACAUUCCCGGUCUAUUUGACCCGGCCGGUAGCGGCCCUGCCAUUGCAUGGUCAGACGAUAUCCAUCUUCCAGGAGCUAGCCAAAUGCAGCAUAUUCGAAACGUGGUCCUAGACCGCGGGAGGAAUAGCUAUUUUAGUCGGAUCCCAGCUCAAGGCAUCAUUGUCGGAGACGCGGGCACGAACGACCAGCGGGUGACGGCGACGAGAGAUACCAAGGGUAGUUGGAUCAUGGUAUACUCGCCGACUGGCCAGAACUUCUCGAUAGAUACAAGAAGCCUCUCUGGCUGUGAAGUACAAGCUAGCUGGUAUGACCCAGUGACAGGAGGUUAUGCGACUUUUGAGUACGCGCAAUGCGAUGGUCUUGGGUCUCUCAAACAGUUUAUACCUCCGCGAGUGGAUAGCCACACGGAUUGGGUGCUGGUCCUGGAGCUGUAG